AUGCGAUUCUCUUACCUCACGAUAUGUUCGCUUUCACUUUUGAAAAGUUUAGACAAAAUAAAUGUGGAAAAGGUCAUGGAAUACAUAGUAUCUUGUAAGAAUCUAGACAAGGGGUUCGGGUGUACGCCUGGCGCUAAGUCACACUCGGGGCAAAUCUUUUGUUGUGUAGGCGUGCUUGCGAUCACGGGGUGUUUGCAUUAUGUGGAUAAGGAUUUGUUGGGGUGGUGGUUGUGUGAGAGGCAAGUGAAAUCUGAGGGGGUGAAUGGAAGGUCGGAGAAGCUUCCGGAUGUUUGUUAUUCGUGGUGGGUGCUUUCGAGUUUGAUUUUGAUUGAUAGAGGUUAUUGGAUUGAUAAGGAGAAGCUUGUGAAGUUUAUUUUGGAGUGUCAGGAUUUUGAGAAUGGUGGGAUUUCGGAUAGGCCGGAUAAUGCGGUUGAUGUUUUUCAUACGUAUUUUGGAGUUGCGGGGCUUUCGCUUCUUGAGCACCCGAGAUUAAAGGCGAUUGAUCUGGCUUAUGCUUUGCAUGUUGAUGUUAUAAAUAGAAUUUUUCUCAAGUGA